AUGUUCCUGAGGCUGGAAAAGAAUUAUUUAGUGAAGGGUUUGAAUCCAGACUCAAGCUUGGCACAGAAAGCUCAGGCCAAGAAAGUGGGAAGACAGUUUUUUCCCGGGUGUGCCCCCAGGCGAUUUCAAGGGCGUUUCCGGGGUGGCAGAGGUCAAAGCGCCCAAGCUUCUUCCAUUCAAUGCGAGGGAACCACUUCCCAUUCAACAACUUCAGAGGUUGAGCACACACAUGCAGUUCCCCUCGACAGUUCCAUUCAAAACAGUAACAUCACAGUGCCGAAGUCAUGUUUCAAAAUCUUUUAAGUUAUUCCAACCAACCAAUAGUAAGUCGGUUAAAAUAUUAUUUAGCGGCAUGUGAUCAAAUAAUGAGAGACCCUUUGGUCCUUCAGGUAGCCCAAGCUUACCAAAUACAAUUCACUUCCACUCUGGUACAAGUGAAUCCCCCAAAAAUGGUCAUAUUGAGAGGAUCAACUCUUAAUAGACCAGGAAGUUCAGGAACUGCUAGCCAAACGGGCAGUUAAUUAUGUUUUGGGCAGCCCAGACAAUGACAAGGGGUUUGUCAGCUCUCUUUUUGUAGUACCCUAAGAGGGUGGGGGCACAGGCCAGUUAUAAACCUGAAGGCCCCAAACAAUUUUGUACGUCACAAGCAUUUCAAAAUGGAAUCAAUACACAUGUUAAAAUAUCUUUUAAGAAAAGACGAUUAUUUCGUGAAAAUAGACUUAAAGGAUGCAUACCUGACAGUACCUGUCUGGAGAGACCACCAGAAGUACCUCUGAUUUCUCUGGAGGGACUCACUUAUGGAGUUUGCAUGCCUUCCAUUCGGCCUUGUGAGCGCUCCAAGAGUGUUCACAAAGCUUAUGAAACCAGUCCUGUCAGUUUUGCGACAGAGAGGCAUUCAACUCAUAGCUUACGUAGACGACUUUCUUAUAAUGGCAGAAUCAGCACAACUUGCCCUACAGCAUGUGGCAACAGCACUAAAUCUAUUAGAGGGACUGGGGUUUGUAGUAAACUAUCCAAAGUCACUGUUAACACCAUCCCAACAGAUCGUAUGACCUCGAGUCUCCCAAAGGACAAAAUAAAUAAAGUCCUUCAAAACUGUCAACAACUACUAGACAACCCAGUAACUCCAGUUUGGGAGUUGUCAAAAUUCCUGGGCCUACUAUCUUCGUCAAUUCAGGCAGUAUUUCCUGCCCCACUGCAUUACCGCUACCUCCAGCAAGUGAAGAAUUUUGUCCUGAAAAGACAGGAAUCUUACAAAGCUCUGGUCAACCUAGAUUCAGAAGCCCUUCAGGAG